AUGUCCCUCUCAAAAUCCGAAUCAGACAUAAUCCUCAACCGAGCAAACGUCGCCCUAUCCCGCAGCCAACGACUCGUGGCAUCAUGGCUCCCCGCCCAAACAGACGACGAACUAGCAUCAACAGCCAAAACGGACGAAGAAUUACAGCAAGAAGAGGAUGCGAUAUUUACCGCUGUGCCUGAGACCCUCGGAAUCGGCGCCCUCUCCCCCGAAAAAGCAGCCGAUGGAAGCUGGAACCGGAAAGAAUUGAGUUCGAACGAUAUAUUGCGGAAACAACUUCUGGGUCGGAAUUAUGAUAAGGUUAUGAAGGCGAAGGAGGGGCAGGUUAAGGCUCAGAGGGAGAAGAAUGCUGCUGCUGCUGCGGCUACAGCUUCGGGAGCGCCGACUGCUACGGUUGCUGCAGGGGCUAAUCUCGAUGAUGAUGACGAUGAUGACGAUGAAGGGCGGGCUGCUAUGGUUGGGAAGAGGAGGAAGACGAAUUCGUCUUCUCGGACCGUGCCUGUAUCGUCAGUCUCGACCUCGACGGCUGUGAAUGGUGCUGUGGGUGCGGAUGGGGAUGUGCAAAGUGCGAAUCAGAGCUCGGCGCCUUCGGGAAAGUCUGCGUCUUCUAGGGAGAGGAAGAAGGCGACGAGUUAUUUGGAUGAGAUUUUGGCUCAGAGGGCUAGUAAGAAGAAGAAGAGGUGA